AUGUCUGCCAUCAAGGAUACAUAUGAGCCGAAAGCGAAAAGGCAGAUGCUGACUCGUCCUGCAGAAGGGUUGUUAUUGAUGGAUAAAAAGGAUGUCUGGAUCAACGGCAUUCUGCCAUAUCUGGGUGUUGGACAGUAUGCCUUUGUCGGGGCUGUCAGCAAGAAGUUACAGCAACUCUACAAGGAGUACUGUGUUUCUGUGAAUAGUCCCAUGUAUACCACUGUCUUUAGCACUACAUGUUUAAACUUGUCCUGUGCAACAUACUGGCGCAGCUUCCCCGUGCAAAUCCGGAAACCUGAUGGUUAUCGAGUUUGCUCCACCAUUGCCAAGCUUGGAAAUCUUUCAGUCUUUCAAUGGGCUUACAAGAAAGGAUUUAUGAUGGACAAAAGCACAACCUCUGAGGCCGCCAACCAUGGGUGUCUUGAAAUUCUCAAGUUUGCCCGGGAGAAGAAGUGUCCAUGGGACGAAGACACGUGCACACAUGCCGCCAAGAAUGGACAUCUGGAAAUUCUCAAGUGGGCCCGAGAGAAUGGAUGCCCAUGGAAUAAAGAGACAUGUUCUGAGGCUGCCAAGAAUGGACAUUUGGAAAUUCUCAAAUGGGCACGAGAGAAUGGUUGCCAAUGGGACGAAUCAACAUGCACCAGUGCUGCCUCUGGAGGGCACUUGGGAAUUCUCAAAUGGGCACGAGAGAAUGGAUGCCCAUGGAAUGAACAGACAUGUGCUCAUGCUGCUUCUGGAGGCCAUUUUGAAAUUCUGAAGUGGGCGCGCGAGAAUGAUUGCCCAUGGAGUGCAAGCACAUGUUCCAAUGCUGCUUCUGGGGGGCACUUUCAGAUUCUCCAAUGGGCAAAAGAAAAUGGUUGCCCCUGGGAUGAAAGGACAUGCUCUGAGGCAUCUGCAGGUGGGUACCUUGAAAUUCUCAAAUGGGCUAGAGAGAAUGGUUGUGCAUGGGACGGAGGGACAUGUAGUGGUGCUGCUCUUGGUGGGUACCUUGCAAUUCUCAAAUGGGCUAGAGAGAAUGGUUGUGCAUGGGAUGAAGUGACAUGCAGUAGCGCUGCUCUUGAAGGGAAUUUUGACAUUCUCAAAUGGGCACGAGAAAAUGGUUGUGCAUGGGAUGAACAGACUUGCUCCCAUGCUGCUUGGGGUGGUCAUUUUGGAAUUCUGAAGUGGGCUCGAGAGAACGGAUGCCCAUGGAAUGAACAGACAUGUGCUCAUGCUGCUUCUGGAGGCCAUUUUGAAAUUCUGAAGUGGGCACGUGAGAAUAAUUGCCCAUGGAAUGAAGACACCUGCUCUGGGGCUGCCAACAAUGGUCAUUUGGAGAUUCUCAAAUGGGCCUGAGAUAAUGGAUGUCCGCAGAGAGAUAUUGGGCCCUACAUGUACAUUCUUAUUUAACAAAAGCAAUCACGUCCAAAAAGUUGUUGGUAGAAAUUUUAUCCAGAACAUGCUCAGGGCCUAGCCUGAGGAGAAACAAGGGCAUGGAGAAGGCCACCUCUACUAGUCUAGCUACUAGCUAGUAGAUGGCUACGGUAGCCUACUGCUGUAGCUAGCAAUGUGGUUCUGUAAUACUACAGUACAAGUAAGUAAGCAAACCACAGCAGCUUUCAGGAAGAUGGGGAUCCCCAUGUGCG